AUGCUUCUCGAUGGCCAGUAUGGUCUGUUGCAGCCAUACAAAAACCUGACCGUGUUUGAGAGAUGGAUUUUCUGGGUUAGGAUUCUUUCAAUGAUGUGCUGUAUAGCAUUUUCUGUAACAUUAGUACUAGGUCCAUUAACAAUACCUGAUAGAUUAUAUAUGUCAAGGUUAAACUCAUACUCUCAUGAUAUUACAGAGGGUAUUUUCCAAGCGUUGAGUGAUGCAAUGGAGUCAGGCGCAUCUAGUACCAUAAAUAAUGGUGUCGGUUUGACAACUUCAGAACUAUAUAUAUUAACUGCGUACAGUUCGGCCCAGGUGAGUAAUGUUCCACAGUAUAUUACCAUUUCAUUGUAUGGGACUUGUUCUACGUAUUAUACUACUGCCGAUGACGACAAUGAUGAUUGGUACGUUUAUGAAAACACUAAAACUAAAGGUACUACAUCUUAUUCACAACAAAACUCGACGGCCAUACGGCAAUGUCUCUGGGAAGGGUUUGAUUAUGUUCUGGAUUAUAGAGAAAUAUUAACCUCAUUAGGUUUAGAUAUUGUCCUGAGUUAUGCAUAUGGACAAACAGAUGGUUCGGGAUCUUCAGUAGGUACUGCGUACGAGGGCUAUAUUCAGGUGAUGAAGUUAAAUAAAAGACAAUAUUUGACUUUAUUUAUGGUAGUCAUUUUUUUCCAAAUCAUUGCAUUUGUAUUGACAUUCUGGUAUUAUUUGAUUAAAGGAAGAUACAUCAACACUGCACGUGAGAAGACAUUAUUACAUGUUAUAACUUUUCUAUCGUUUUGUGUAUUUGUGAUGGGUUUGGUAAGUUUAAUGGAUCUUGUAUGGCUAAAUUAUUCAUUCCAAAAGAAAAUUCGAGGAGAAUUGAUGUCCUUUGGGUUUGAAUAUAAGUUAGGAGAGGCAUUUUUCACCUGUCUUUGGAUGGUUGUAUUUUUCAUUUCUGUUUCAUGUAUGGCCUGGUCGGGUUUAGAAUGGUGUGUGUCAGAUAGUACAGUAGUUGAUGAUACAUUUCUAAGUGAGAAUGGGGCAGGGGCAGCAAUGAUGGAUAAUACUAAUAGUAGGGCAUUGUUAGAUGAAGCCUCUCAGAGUGAACUCGAAGAAAAUAGAAUGGAUGGAUGUGAUACGGAUGGUUACGAGGAUGAAAAAGAGGCAGAUUUCUUGAGAAGCUGUAAUUUGAAGGAAGCUUUCCAAAAUUCAAGGCGAUUUGGUAAACGAGUAUCACAUAGUCAAAAUAAUAAUCACACUGGCUAUGAAUCGGAUGGUGACGAUGAAGAUCUUUCUGAUUUUGACGAACUUCAUGACUUUAACACAUACAGUGGUCGAUAUCACGCAGGAUAUGAUUCUACUCAAUACCCUGAUGGCUAUUCCGGUGAUGUCGAUCUCGAUGAAGUAUAUGAGAUGCAGAGUAUUACCUUAAGGUCCUCGACAGAUAGUGAUGCAUUAAGACAGCAAACUAUUGUACCUUCGAGUACGAUGAUGUUUUGA